AUGGGAAGAUCUAGAGGUCGCGUCCUAAAGGGUCCCCCGCUUCUCCGUCUCUACUUGACUGGUUUCGGCCCAUUUGGCGACGUUUCCGAGAACCCCUCCGCCACCCUUGUGAAACAAGUUGCAGCAGCUCUUAGUGGAGAGCAGACCUGUUCUGCUCCGUCUCCGAGUCACCAACGAAAUAUCCCCCAGACUGCUUGCUCCUGCAUGGAGGGUGAACAUGUCAGAGAUCGGGUUUCCUCCCCAGGUCUCCCGGUCCCUGGCGCUCCCGUGGGGACUGACCCUAUUGACUCUUCGGGGAUAUUUGAACUUUGCGGCUGGGAAGUUUUGGAAGUUUCAGCGGCGGCAACUACAGAUGCUGUGCCUCGGAUCCAUGGUGCGCUCCGUAGAAGGAACCAAAGGAGAAGUUUUCUUGAGCCCGCUACGGGUACCACAUUUCGUGGUGCUCGAGAACCCCAGUUGGAGCCUGAAGAAGGCCUAACAGAAUCUGCAGCAGACAUGACUGAAGAACCACUGGCAUUGGCCUUGCACUUCGGAGUUAGCAUGCACAGCGACAGCUGGCGACUUGAAAUGCUUGCAAAAAAUGGUAAAGCGACUAAUUUCGGUAUCUUCCACUUCUUCAUUACGCAGCCCUUGAUCACACUUGCCGUACUGGAAACCCUCGGGAUGCCUGAACGGAAACCGUCGGGAGGCCUUGCCGGUUUUGUUACUGCUGCCCUCUCUGGUGCCGCUGUUGUGGUGUGA